CACUGUUAUAAGAAGUGAUACGUGAAAAGGUGCAGGCAGAAGUCAAAGGCUGCACUCAAGGUUAGAGAUCAGGUGCAGAAAGUUUAUGAACAAAGUCCAAACUGGAAAACCAUUAACAUCCAGGGCUGAGUCUAAACUCAAGAAAAUGCCAGCCAGUCAGAAGCAGAACUGACACACAGACCUUGAGAAACCACAAUCAACACAAAGAUGCACAAUGACAAAGAGUUUGGGAUAAAGGUAUAUAUACCCAGGUCACCAGGUGAGACGAGUCAGACUGAUUAAGAGAACCACAGGACACAGUUGUGUUUUCGAACAGGCAGAUUUGAAGAAUAAUGACUGAGGAUGUACAGAAACAUUCGGUCCACACGCUGGUCUUCAGAUCUCUUAAGAGAACUCAUGAUAUGUUUGUGUCUGAUCAAGCCAAACAAAUCGCAAUUGACGAUGAAAGCCACAAGGUGAAAUUGGGUGUAAAGCUGAAGUCAGACUACGAGGCAGUUUUACACAUGCCUGUUUUAAAGGAAUGCAAAGACAGAGUUCCAGGCAGCAUCCACAUCUCCCAGAGCUACCCGCAGCCAGAUAACCCAGAAUACCUGAUUACUGGAACACACGCCUAUCCAUCUGCACCUGGCGUUGCUUUAACUGCUGACACAACAGUGCAUAGGAAUCCCAGUGAAGCAGGAAUCCACUCAAUGGCAUUAGCUUUGCCGCCUUCACAAGUCAGGAUUGAUGCAAAUCGCACAGCAGCCAGUGUUGCAGACAUUCGUCGACACGCUGGAGCAGCACACUCCACUGCCAUGUCACUGUUGGAAGGAGGAGCAACCCGAAAUUCUGCUUUGAUGAGGAAAGCACCAACAAUGCCCAAACCUCAGUGGCAUCCACCCUGGAAACUGUUUCGGGUUAUCAGUGGUCACCUUGGUUGGGUCAGGUCCAUCGCUGUAGAACCAGGAAACCAGUGGUUUGUUACUGGUUCUGCUGACAGAACCAUAAAGAUCUGGGACCUAGCUAGUGGAAAACUUAAACUGUCUCUGACCGGACACAUCAGCACAGUACGUGGUGUAGCCGUCAGCAACCGCAGCCCAUAUCUGUUCUCCUGUGGUGAAGACAAGCAGGUCAAGUGCUGGGAUCUGGAGUACAACAAGGUCAUCAGGCACUACCACGGACACCUGAGCGCUGUGUACGACUUAGAUUUACAUCCCACAAUUGAUGUGUUGGUGACGUGCAGCAGGGACGCCUCAGCAAGGGUGUGGGACAUCAGGACCAAGGCCAAUGUGCACACACUGACUGGCCACACCAACACAGUGGCUACAGUAAAAUGUCAGGAAUCUGAGCCACAGAUCAUCACUGGCAGCCACGAUUCAACAAUCAGGCUGUGGGAUUUGAUUGCCGGAAAGACCAGAGCUACUCUGACCAACCACAAGAAGUCUGUCCGAUCUGUGGUGCUGCAUCCCAGGCAAUACACGUUUGCCUCUGGUUCAGCCGACAACAUAAAGCAGUGGAAAUUUCCAGAUGGCAACUUCAUCCAGAACUUGUCAGGCCAUAACGCCAUCAUCAACACUCUGGCUGUCAACUCUGAUGGAGUUCUGGUAUCUGGAGCCGACAAUGGAACCAUCCACAUGUGGGACUGGAGGACGGGCUACAACUUCCAGAGGAUUCAUGCCGCUGUGCAGCCCGGAUCUCUGGACAGCGAGUCAGGCAUCUUUGCCUGCUUGUUUGACAAAUCAGAGAGCAGAUUGAUCACCGCAGAGGCCGACAAGACCAUAAAAGUGUACAAAGAGGACGACACUGCUACGGAAGAGAGCCAUCCAGUCAACUGGAAACCUGAAAUCCUUAAGAGAAAACGAUUCUGAUGUUAUGUUUGUUUUGUUUUGGUUUAUUCUUCUAUUUUUCUUUUUUUUUUUUACAAAACCUUCUGUAGAUACAGCCAUGUUGCUUUGCCAGCUACCAGAUUUAGCUUUAACCUAUUGUGACUAUGAUGGAAGACAACCACAUUCUAUUACAAGGCAAUUAGAAUUUUCUACUUUAUUCCAAAAACCAUUUGCAGUCUUCGUUGUAAGACUCCAGUCCAACAAAGCGGCCAUUAUGAACUGCCAGGAAUCUCCCUGAGUUUUUAUUCUUCAUCAUGACGGUUCGCCUGGCGCUUUCGUCCAUCUGAUCCACCAGGAGCAGCCACUCCUCAGAGACGGAGGGAAUGGCCUCGGAGUGAACCUGGUUCCUGCCUGUGUCAUACCCUGCAACGAAACGUAUUAUUUUUUACUGAGACGAGUGAUGAGAAAAAAAACAUAAUUGUAUUCACCUGCUUUCCCCCUUUGAAUAAAAUCAAGGAAGAGAAGUACA